CCCUUCAGGCGGCGGCGGCGGCUCUCGCUUCUUCCCCUCCGUCUCCGAUGGCUCUCAUCGCCGGAUCCUACGAGCGCUUCAUCUGGGGCUUCUCCCUCAAGCCCAUCACCGCCACAUCCCCCUCCUCCUCCGACGGAACCCUCGCCCUCGCCCCGCUCUUCUCCUACCCGGCCCACGCGGGGCCCAUCCGCUGCGUGGCGGCCGCGCCGCGCGCGGGGCUGGCGGCCUCGGGCGGCGCCGACGACUCCGUCCGCCUCUACGACCUGCCGACCGCCGCCGACCUCGGCCCGCUCCUCGACCCCUGCGCCGCCGUCUCCGCGCUCGCCUUCCACUCCAUCGGGCCCGUGCCCCGCAACCUCCUCGCCGCCUCCGACGACGGCCUGCUCCACCUCUACGACGCCGACGGCUUCGCGCUCCUCAGCUCGCUCCGCGUCUUCCCGCGGGGCCGCGAGGCCGCCGACGCCGUCGCCGUGCACCCCUCCGGCCGCGUCGCGCUCGCCGUUGGCCGCGCGGGGGGGCUCGCCAUGCUCAACCUGCUCCGCGGCCGCCGCAGCUUCGCCUGCCGCCUCGAGCGCCCCGCGUCGGCCGUGGCUUACGCUGAGGACGCUGCCGGCGGGGACCGAUUCGUGAUGGCCGCCGAGGAGAAGGUCACCGUGCAUGACUCCGAGGACGCCAGGAUCAUCCAUGAGAUGCGCUGCGACAAGAGGGUGCUCGCCUUCGCCCCUGCAAAGAAUGGAGUACUUUACACUGGAGGCGAGGAUCGUGGUAUUACUGCUUGGGAUCUGUCCAGCGGCAAGGUUUCAUCGCGCAUUGAGGGCGCUCAUUCAACUCGAGUAAAAGGGAUUGUCGUUUUCGAUAACAGGAAUGACGGGUCUGAACUGAGCACCCUAGUUGCUUCGGCUUCAUCCGAUGGCGUCAUAAGGAUCUGGGAUGCCCGGAUGACUGGAAACGAGAAGCCUACUCCAUUGGCAGAGGUCAACACAAAAGCAAGGAUAACAUGUCUUGCUGGGUCAUCAUUGAAAUGAUUUUAGGAACAGAGACGUGAGUUAAAGCAUCAAAGUGGGCUACCAGUUUUGUAAUGUUUAGUUUAGUCCCUGUAGAGGGCU